GUGUCCCCCCUCCCCCAUUUAAACAGGAGAUAUUCUCAUGACAGCGCCCGGGAGACUGACUGGAAUCAGUUUUGGAGGGUGAUACACCACGACAGCUAAAAGUUGGAUAGGGUUUCAGCAGCUCCUAUAUAAAGCAGGGGGGACUUAUGUCACUGCACUAAUUAAAUUCCAUCUGGGUUGUUCCUCGGGGUGUUUUUGAGAUUGCCACCCAACUCAAGCAGGCAGAGAGGCCCAGGGACAGCAUGAUGGACCUUUUUGAAACUGGCUCCUAUUUCUUCUACUUGGAUGGGGAGAAUGGAGCCCUGCAGCAGCUGGAGAUGGCUGAGGGAUCCCCGCUGUACCCCGGCAGCGAUGGCACCUUGUCUCCAUGUCAGGACCAAAUGCAGCCAGAGGCCGGCAGUGACAGCAGCGGAGAGGAGCAUGUGCUGGCACCCCCGGGACUACAACCCCCUCACUUCCCCGGCCAGUGUUUGAUCUGGGCUUGUAAAACUUGCAAGAGAAAGUCGGCCCCUACGGACAGACGGAAAGCAGCCACCCUGCGGGAGAGGAGAAGGCUGAAGAAGAUCAACGAAGCCUUCGAGGCUCUGAAAAGGCGGACUGUGGCGAACCCCAACCAGAGGCUGCCCAAGGUGGAGAUACUGAGGAGCGCCAUCAGCUACAUCGAGAGGCUGCAGGACCUCUUGCACAGGCUGGAUCAGCAGGAGAAAAUGCAGGAGAUUGGUGGAGACCCCUUCAGCUUCAGCCCCAAGCAGGGAAAUAUCCCCAGCUCGGACUUCCUGAGUACCUGCAGCUCCGACUGGCAAAGCGUUUCUGACCAUUCCCGAGCCCUAGGAGUCAGCCCCAAAGAAGGAGUCUCCGUUGUCGAGUCGUCGGCCUCCAGCAGCCUUCGCUGCCUCUCUUCAAUAGUGGACAGUAUUUCUUCCGACGAUCCCAAACUGCCCAGCGCGGAGGAAGCGGUGGAGAAAUAAACCCGGUUUUCUGGUAGUAUAUUUAACGGAGAUGGAGCCUCCACCUUCUCUCCUCUAAACCAAGUAAUGAAGCAAAUUCACACAGUGGAAGCCCAAGAAGGGCCCUUUUUAAGAUCGAAUUAAGGUACACCUACUCCGAAGAAAAUGGCUCCCACGGACUCGAGCCAGACAGACUUCUCCCUUGCCUUUUUUUUUUUUUCCCCGAGUUUUGUUUUCUUUCAGUUGUGUUGCAAAAACCACCCUUUUUUUUUUCUUUCUUUCUUUCUUUCUUUUUUUUUCUUUCUUUUUUUUUUCUUUUUUAAUUUAAGAUACUUACCUGUGUACCGGUGAUCCGCUUUGUCUGAGACUCACCGGGAAGUUCAUUCCUGUCUGAGUGAAGCUCUUGGUUGCAUUGCGUGUGAGUCAUAUUUAAGGAGUCCCCGUUCCUGUAAAUAAUUUCAGUACUGUCUUUUCUUUUGUAAACAUAACAUAUAUAUUUAAAUGGUGGAAUGUGAUAUUGUAUAUAAGAACAGAUGGUUUUCUUGGAUUGUAAAAUAAAGCUCUUUGUGUUA